AUGACUCUGUUCAAUGUCAACGGCGCUCACCUCUCAGAUCACCCUUCAAUCAAGGCAUCUACUUCCACCGGAAGAAUCCAUAAACAAAAAGACAUCUUUUUGCCCCACCAACAUGAGCUAAUCCAUCAUAUAGGAAUAGACAUUGGGGGGACUUUGGCCAAAGUGGCCUACUUUACCAAAAACAAAAAUGACGACAAAUGUGGGGGAAUGUUGAAGUUUUUCAAGAUCGAAACAGAAAAAAUUAAUGAAUUCAUCAAUUAUCUCCAAAGAUUGAUCGUCACAAUAGAAAUUGAAAACGGAAUCAUCCAAAUCGAUCGGUCAAAAGACAUGGAAUAUUACAUAAGGAAUUUCAAAAAUCAUGCAAUUAGUGUGUUUGGUACUGGUGGAGGAUCCAUCUUAUUCCAGAAUAAAUUAGCUCAAGAGUUACACCUAUCAAAAAACGAUCCGCAAAACGACACAAUCAACCAUCGUCACACCGCCACCGCCCCAUUUAUCAAAGCCAAAGAUGAAAUGGAAAGUCUUAUUGUUGGUUUGAACUUCUUGAUCCAUAACAUUCCCAACGAAGUGUUCGUAUACGAUGACAACACCGACUUGAAAAUUGAAGACGAGCGCAAACUAAAAUACAUCAAUUUCCUCGACAAUGAUCAACAACAGUUAGCCGACUCGAUUUAUCCCUAUCUUCUAGUCAAUAUCGGUUCGGGGGUAUCGAUGAUCAAAGUCACAGGACCUCGGUCGUUUAUUCGUAUUGGUGGGUCUUCAAUCGGAGGCGGGACUCUUUGGGGGAUUCUUUCACUUUUGACAAAUGCAAAGACUUAUGAUGACAUGUUAACAAUGGCUUCUAAUGGUGAUAAUGCCAAUGUUGACAUGUUGGUUGGCGACAUUUAUGGUGCAAGCUACAACAAGAUUGGUCUUAAAUCAACCACUAUUGCCUCAAGUUUUGGCAAAGUUUUCAAAACUGUCACCGGGAAGAUGGAUGGCGGGUACAAUAAAAACGAUGAAAGUGUUUACGGAAGCGAGUACGAUGAUGGGCUCAACAAUACUAGUGCUUUGUCUCUUUCUAGUGAAGACAGUGCCAGUGUUAUCACAGGACGAGAUGAUAACCAAUACAACGAUGAUAUCAAAGCAUCGCAAUCACCACAAACUCCAUCGAACGAGCGUAGCGAUAGCACUAGCAAUAACAAUGGAUAUUACCAUCAACAGGAGGUAGAAAAUGUUUAUCCUCUGCUUUCACAGUUCCAAAGAUUAUCGAAAUUCCGCCAAUCAGACAUUUCCAAAUCUUUUCUUUAUGCGGUCAGUAACAAUAUUGGCCAAAUCGCUUAUUUGCAAGCUUCGAAGUAUAAACUUAAAAAAAUCUUCUUUGCAGGAUCUUUUAUUAGGAAUCAUUUGCAAACUAUCAUCACUUUAAGUUAUGCCAUCAAUUUCUGGUCACAAGGAGAAAAACAGGCAUAUUUCUUACGCCAUGAAGGGUAUUUGGGGGCCAUUGGGGCAUUUCUUAGUGCUUAUGAGGAUGAAAAGUUUUAUAACGAUUACUUGACCCCAAAGCACCAGAGGGAAUAA